AGCCAAAUUUAUUUUUCAAGUUUCCGUAAAACUACUACAAAAUAUACUACUAAUUAUCAGUAUGGCCCACAAACCAUUAGUAAAAAUAGCAGACCAAUUGAUUCACCAAAGUUUAGUAUCAAUUAACAAACCAGGUGCUCCACAAUGGCAACUAAUUACCCGUUCUAAUUCCCAAUUACUAUCUGUUCACUAUCAAUUAUCUACAUUCAAAUCAACUUGGACAUUUCUAAACAGUAUCGCACAACAAGCUGCUAAAGCUCGACAUCAUCCUACAAUAAUUACCACAUAUAACAAAAUAGAUUUAGAAAUUACAACACAUGAUGUUGGUAAUCAUAUCACUGAACUUGACUUAGAUCUUGCCAAGUCCAUACAUGAAGAAUAUAUAAAACAAGCAAACAAGUAAAUAAGCAAGUAAAUAAACACAUAGUUCUAUAAGCAUCCUUUACUUGUUUGACUGCUUGAAUUUGCACAAAGUUUAAUAGCCAUGGUUUUCUACUCGGAGGAGGCAUCUAACGUAUUAUCUCCUGUUCAAUUCCGCUGCUCGACACAUGUGAGACUGCUACAAAUGUUAGGUGAACUAUUGAAUGAUGACUAAGUUUGCAGACGAAUGAGAAUGAUUCAAGAGAUGGUUUUGUUCAGAUAUAGCAGUUUGAACUUCUAUGUAUGAAAUGUUCAUUUUUGGUUGUAAGUUUUGGUUGUAAACUUUUCCUUCCAAGCCGCGUUAGUAUAAAUUUGAUUUUUCUACAUGGCGUUUACAAAAAAAAAAGUGUUGCAAAACAUUCAUCCAUAUUCAACAACAAACUCCAACGAACUAAUCAUGUCUGGUCAGAAUAUCGAGCUUAAGUCUGUAUUUAACAAAGACGGUAACUAUCUUGGUUAUUACCAUUUGAUUCCUUCUGAUCACUUAAUUUUGGCAGGAAGUUCUCCCUGUUGUAUUGAUCCUUUGGUUUAUGAUGGUCUGGGCAACCUAAUUGGAAUCUUAAAUCAAAAUUACGUGCAAGGACCAAACAAUCUCCAGCCUGGGAUGAAAGAUGUCGGUGUGGUGGUGAAUAAUGAAGAGGAAUCUGACAAUUCCAACACCAAACAUCCUAAAUUGUGCAAAGGCCUUGAAAACAUGGUUCGACUAGGGAAUACGAUCAAACCAGGUGUUGUUGCACUUGGCUUAUGCACAACUGUGUUCUAUGCUAUUGUCACUGCUAUCAAGGGAUAGUAAGUUCCGAGUUGAGUUGCUAAGUUGUUGGCUAUGGCGGUUGCUUAUAUAUAUAAUUAAUCUUUCUAUUUAUUAUUGUUCUUUCUAUUUAUCUAGAGUAAAUGAAUAUCUUGUUAAUU